AUGGUUGAUCCUGACACUUUUAUGAAAAACAGCCCGUUUUACGUGGCCCAUGGCGAACAGUAUAACUUGCUGAACACCACGCCUGACUUGUUGAAGUUCCAGUUGCACGAACAGGACCGGAACUCGUCGCCCACGGCGCCGGUGCAGCUGCUGUUUUCAAAUUACUUGCAACAGACCUUGUCUGAUAACUCAAUUGGCGAUGACUCUGACGAUUCCGAUAAUGACCGUACCAGCAACGAUAUUGGCGCUCUGGCGGUGUCGACGCCGACUACAGAGACGUCGGAGUCUCGGGACUUUAUUAGUUCGUCGAAUGAUUACCUUAACUUGAAGGUGUUGAUUGAGAAUUCGGUGUUUGACACUUCGAAGAUCUCGCCCAAGGCCAUUAUGUCUUUGCUGCGUACUAAGAAGGUCAAGGAGUUGAUUGCGGAUAAGCAGGAGCUCAGGGACUACUUGCAAGAUAAGAUUGCUGUGUCGAGCCAGUUCUGUUCGACCUUGAUGUUCAACUCUGACCCUAAACCUGAUUUGGAUAUCAAUCUCGUGCUUAAGAUCAUGAAACAGAACCUGGACUUGCAACUGCUGCUUAGAACUGUUUCCAGCGAGCUUGAAGAGCUCCGCUCAAAGCUUAAUAACCAUAAUUUGGCAUGUCUUGUCUUGGGCUACGUCGAGGACAUUAAGCACUCCAACAGCUCACAGUCGUUGAACGCUGAGCUUAGUGGCAGCCCCAGCUCGAAACCUGUUGCUUCUCCUUCCUCAGAUAAGCUGUUUGAUACCCUUUUCUCCCAUAUUGCAUCCUUGGCCGUUCAGAACAACGUGACCUUGCCAGAACACCCAGAAGAAGCUGAGGUUUCCAUGGAGAAGAAGGUCCAGUGGGCCCAGGCUUGCAUUGAUGCUGUUGUAUCUGCCAAGCCCAGACCACUGAACCCUACUCCUCCACCUUCUGGCCCUGAAAGAUCUGUUGAUAAUUCGAUUGUGAACGAUUCCGUGCUUCAAGACCACUCUUUCCUUUCUGCCUCGCCAUACAAGGGCGUCAAGGAUUCUGCCGUGGAAAAGAAGACCAUUUCUGAGUACAGACUAGCAUUGAACGAUUUACGUUUCUCCCACCAGUACUUCAUGAAGGAAUACGAGUACUUGAAGGCCAACUCCUUGAAGACCAUUUCUGAUUACCGCAAGAAGAACACUGCCCUUGAAAAGGACUUAGCUAGACUUCGUUCUGGAGGCAGCAGUGUUUCCCUUGACAGUUUAGCAUCUCGUGAGUCCUCCGACGCCAAAGACAAAGAAAUCUCUCGUCUUCGCAAGGAACUCAACCUGCUCAGAAUCGAUAACAUGGGCAACAAGCUGCCUAGAAGCUCUGAGCUCCUUUCACCUUCGCUUCUAUCGAAUACCAGCGUGGACGAGGACCAGGCCAACUCCACAUUCCCUUCGUCGCCAGGCUACCCUGGGUUCCUGGGCAUGGGCGGUGGCUCCAGCAUGAGCAAUGCCAUUUUAAGAAAAGAGUUCAAAAAGAUUGUUUCUGAUAUUCAGGACCAGUAUGAAGUGGAGCUCGGCAAGGAACGUCUUAAGAGAAAGCAGCUUGAAGAAAAGCUCAAUUCGAGCCCACUUUCUUCCGACGCCUAA